GCGCAGUUCCCUUUGGAAGCUGCAGGACAGAGAAGUGCACCGCUAUGUGCUUUGAAAAACAUCAGUCAAUCCAAUCAGUAGGGCAAAAAGUUUAGUCUUAUUUUGCACGUUAAGAUUAUUGAAUAGUAUCUGUCAACUAGCCAACAGCUUAGGUUUUAUCAGAAGAGGAGGAAGGAUGAGAAAGCCCAUGUAGUGAAGAGACCAUUCCCUCCUGGGACUAGAGCAGCAGGAAGCAGGAGAAGGUUCACACAGCAGAGGGAUGUGCCCUGCCAGCUCCCCUGUCAAGAAACCCCCAGAUGGCCGGUAGUGUGUCUGCAGUGAGCAUGCUGUGAGCCCCCUAGCCUCUCUGUGUUUCUGGGGAUGCCAUUAAGGGUAGCAUGAGAGCCCAGCCCUUCUCCAGAUUCAAAGUGGUGUGGUCAUUUUCGUAAGGGAAGUCAGCUGUGGCAGAGCUGGCCAUGUCACGGGUCCCCACGCCCCCUCCCCCGGGGGAGAUGACCGCAGGACCUGUGGCAGAGAGCUGGUGCUACACACAGGUGAAGGUGGUGAAGUUCUCCUACAUGUGGACCAUCAACAACUUCAGCUUCUGCCGAGAGGAGAUGGGCGAGGUGCUUAAGAGCUCCACCUUCUCCUCAGGCCCCAAUGACAAGAUGAAAUGGUGUUUGCGUGUGAACCCUAAAGGGCUGGAUGAAGAGAGCAAAGACUACCUUUCACUGUAUCUACUGCUGGUCAGCUGCCCCAAAAGUGAAGUCAGGGCCAAGUUCAAGUUCUCCUUACUGAAUGCCAAACGAGAAGAGACUAAAGCCAUGGAAAGCCAAAGAGCAUACCGCUUUGUCCAAGGCAAGGACUGGGGUUUCAAGAAGUUCAUCAGGAGGGACUUCCUCCUGGACGAAACCAAUGGUCUCCUCCCGGACGACAAGCUCACCCUUUUCUGUGAGGUGAGUGUGGUACAGGACUCGGUCAACAUCUCGGGCCAGUCCAACAUGAACGUGCUGAAGGUUCCGGAAUGCCAGCUGUCAGAUGACCUGGGCAGCCUUUGGGAGGGCUCAAGGUUCACCGACUGCAGCCUCUUCGUGGGGGGACAAGAAUUUAAAGCACACAAAUCUAUCCUGGCCGCAAGGUCACCAGUAUUCAACGCCAUGUUUGAACACAAAAUGGAAGAAAGCAAAAAGAACCGUGUGGACAUUAGUGACGUGGAGCCUGUCGUCUUCAAAGAGAUGAUGGGCUUCAUUUAUACAGGGAAGGCCCCCAACCUGGAGAAGAUGGCCGACAACCUUCUGGCUGCAGCAGACAAGUAUGCUCUGGAGCGACUGAAGGUCAUGUGCGAGGAGGCGCUGUGUAACAGCCUCUCGGUGGAGAACGUGGCCGACAUCCUCAUCCUGGCUGACCUGCACAGUGCUGAGCAGCUCAAAGCACAAGCCAUAGACUUCAUCAACAGAUGUAGUGUGUUAAGGCAGCUAGGUUGUAAAGAUGGGAAGAACUGGAACAACAGUCACGCUGCUGACAUCAUGGAGACUGCGGGCUGGAAGGCAAUGAUCCAGUCGCAUCCCCACCUGGUUGCCGAGGCGUUCCGCGCACUGGCGUCCGCCCAGUGUCCCCCGUUUGGCCUCCCUCGGAAACGACUAAAACAGUCCUGACCCCCACUGCCCCCCACAGACUGCCAAAAGACACGAGAACCCUUCCCUUUCCCCACACUCCGUUCUCUCCCACCUUUCCACACCACACACACUCACACCCCCCCCCCCCCCCCCCCCCCCCCCCCCCCCCCGAUGUUAGAGACCAGGUGGGGCAGGUGGACAGUCCCACAAUGCACUCCUCUCAGCCAGAAAGGGGAAGGACAACAUGGCCGCCUCUGCGUCAGCUCAGCUCCCUGGCUCAGGAAAAUGACAUCAUGGAGCCUCAACUCCACAGGUCAUUUCUAACAUGGCCUUAACUGACCCCCAAACCCUUCCCUCUCACACACACGCACACACACACACGCACGCGUCUGCACACCCCCAUCCCCGCCCAUUGUUUCUGUGUGUGACCCCGUGCCUGCCAAGGCUGACCCCAGGCCUCUCCAGAUUGCACUAGUCUCCCACAAUGCAGUAGUUGAAAAUAUGGUGUGGCGCUUUUGUGGACCUUGUCGCACAUCAAGUAAUGGGAGUGAAGGGGGCCCCUGUCGCCCAUCCUAGCUGUUGACCCCUCCUCCCCCUCCCAGACGUGACGGAACAGGAACAGGAGCGUGACGGCGUUGUGUUGCAAGAUGAGGCUCUCUGUUGCACUGGACCAGUCUGAGGUUGGCGAUGCUGCUCAUAUUGAAUACAAACUGUUCAAAACUUCCUCAGCGGUGGCCAUAAAAGAUGACACUGAGGACCCGCAUUACAUAUUUGGUUAAAAAAAUGUGAUGUAUUAAAAGUGUAUGUAAUUAUGGAUAUUACACAUGAAAAAACUGAGAUGUCUGUAUUUUGCACCUCCUUAACUAUUGGGUAAAUAUGAAGAUUUGUUUACCGACUUCUUUUGUUUUACGUUUUUUUUUUGUGUGUUUCUUCAUGUUGCAUUCUUUCUGAACUUGGUCUUUUUAUUUCCGUUGGAUUCUGCUUUGCUUAGUUGAUCAAACGACUGAGUUCUUUGUCUUCUGAAAAAGCUGUAUUGUGGUUUAUGAAUUAUUAUGAAUUAUGAUUUCAUGCUUUGAAAUUAAAAUGCAGAAAAAACA